UAGCGCUCACUCGUGGUGAAGCCGAAGGUCACCUCGCCUCUUCUAAGCAGACUGUCAGCGGGAAUACAGACGUGUUCUGUUGCUGUUAUUCAACGCAAUGGACAGUUUUGAUCAUUUGAGCGCGUCAGAGAAAGCAGAGGCGACGGAGCUUCAGCGUAUGAUCGCUAUAGAGCAACAGAAGGCGCAGUUCCAGGCCCAGGUGCAUACCUUCACUGACGUCUGCUGGGACAAGUGUGUGGACAGUCCGGGCUCCAAGUUGGACUACAGGACAGAGACGUGUCUUCAGAGCUGUGUUGAGCGUUUCAUCGACACCACCCUUACCAUCACCAACCGCUUCACGCAGAUGGUGCAGAAGGGUGCUCAUUAAUUAUGGACUAUAGAUGCUAACGGGACUGUGUAAUGACACAAAUAAAAUGUAUUCCUAACAUUUUGUCGGAGGAGGACACGUUAUUUAAAUGAUGGUGUUUCAGGCGAAUCUUUGCAUGGUUGUAGCUGCAAAUGGCAGCGAGAUGUACCUGCGUGAAACGAGAAGUCAUGUAAUGUGACAUUAGUGAGUGACACAGUACACUCAUGUUCACCAUCGCGUCUGUGAUUCUUCAAGUACUAAACAACAUGGAGAUGAAGCAGCUGCAGUUUGCUCUGAACAGAACACAGCUCACCACUGCUGGAGUUUGUCACUUUCUGUGUCAUAGCAGUGGAAAACAUGGAAGGAUAUGAAGGUGCACUGAUUAGAAUUAAAAAAAAAAAAAAAAGACAACCAUAACAACAGAUUGUAGUCAUAUAAA